GGAGCCGGCGCUGGCUGCUGCCGACUGCCAGUGGUACCUCUACCUCUGCCAUGAGCGCCUGACGUCCGUGGGCAGGAUGCCGAGGAAGCGGUCUGCGCUGAUGCGGCCGCUGGUGGCGCUGGCAGCGCCCGGCACCUUCCUCUUCUGCAAGCUCUCCCAGCUGCAGGAGACAGCCAAGCGACGCGUCACCGAGCGUGAGCUCAAACAGCUCAACCAUAAGAUCGACAAGCUGCUGCUGAAGCUGGACGAGUCAGAGACGGAGCCAGCCACAUCACGAGAUGAGGAGUGCGUCGUCUGCAUCAGCGCCAAGGCCACCAUGCAGACGUUCCCAUGCGGUCACUGCGUGGUGUGCCGCAAGUGCUUCAUCAAGACCAUCCAGAUGACGGUCACGCAGCGUGCUCUGCCGCUCAGGUGCGUGCUGUGUCGGGAGCGUGUCAGUCGGCUGAAACAAACCUUCCAUUGCUCAUACGACAUGCGCCUGCCGCUCUCCGCCUCCCAGUACUCGAUGACGGCGUCGGUGUCGUCAUCGCCCGACUGGGACCUACCCUCGUCGUCGUCGCUGUACUCAGUGUCCUCUGGGUGUUCAGGUGUGUCGGCCGCCAGCCACGCCAGCCACCUCAGCAAGUCUUCCUUCCGCUCGGCGGUCAGCUCAGCCUCCGGCAAGAAGCGCGUUACUUUCGCCGUGACGCCGCUCCUGCACCAGCCGCCGCCCACUGGUCAGCUUUCCGCCGGGGCGACCUCGGCAGCCGUCCAGUCUUCGCGCACCAUGCUCCGCGACCAGGCGGCGGUGGCGGCGGCGGAGCAGGCCGCCAGAAGGCUGGACAGCCGCAGCAAGGUGACCAGUGUGAUGCUGACGGACCGGCGCCUUCCGCCCAUAAAGGAGUCACAGCGUGAGCCGUCUCCGCAGUCUUCCAGACGUCCCAGCUCCCCGUCGCCCUCGUCUCGGUCGGCGCCGGUCAGGUCAAUAAAGCCGGCGACGUCGGCGCAAUAA